GAAUCCGAAUGGACAUGCGCGGACACCUGGUUUGUUGAUGAAAGGGCGUACAAGCCUUGGGACUUGGCCGCAUUUUUUCCCUAUCCAGUGCUUUUCCAAGAUGAUACGUCUGUUUCGAAAUCAGGUGCCGUCGGGAAAAAACUUCUUGAAUCAUAAAAGAACAAAAAACUCGCAAUGAAACCGAGCAAGCAUUUGACGAUUGUCAUCAAGAUUGGUGCAUACGAUGCCUUUCCCCAGCAUGAAAAGAAGCACCAGACUUACGGUUGUCAUAGGGACGUCCUCGAUCGUCGACGAGAUCACACACGAGCCCAUUCUCUCGAUACUGUCCUUGAUCGUCGAGACCGCGAUCAAACUGAGGCGCGAUGGGCAUAGAGUGGUCAUCGUAUCUUCGGGCGCUAUUGGGGUCGGCCUGCAAAGAAUGAACAUGCCCAAGCGUCCGAAGCACCUCGCGCAAGUCCAGGCCCUCGCGGCCAUCGGCCAGUCCAGAUUGAUGUCCAUCUGGGACUCCUUGUUCGCGCACAUGAACCAGCCCGUCGCCCAGAUCCUUCUCACACGCAACGACAUUGCCGAUCGGAUACAAUACCUCAACGCUCAGAACACGCUCGCCGAGACGCUCUCACUCGGCGUCGUCCCGAUCGUCAACGAGAAUGACACGCUCGCCGUGUCGGAAAUCAAGUUCGGCGACAACGACACCCUCUCUGCCAUCACGGCGGCCAUGGUCCACGCCGACUACCUAUUCCUCAUGACCGACGUCGAAGCCUUGUAUGACAAGAAUCCCCGCAAAUUUCCCGACGCCCAACCAAUCCUGGUCGUCGACGACAUUGACGCCCUCCAGGUCGACGUGUCGUCCGCCGGUUCAGCCUUGGGGACAGGCGGAAUGGCGACCAAGAUCGUCGCGGCGCGACUCGCUACGGCGGCAGGUACGUCGACCAUCAUCACCAAGUCAUCGAAACCCGGCAACAUUGCCGCCGUGAUUCGACACCUCCACCCUCCGGUCGACCCGGAGACGGGCGAAAGCAUAUCGACAGAAGCCGAAUCCCCCGCUCCACCUCUACACACGCGCUUCGUCCCGUCCAGUAGUCCCAUCAGGAACCGCGCCUUCUGGAUCUUGCACGGCCUCGCACCCCACGGGACCAUCUACAUCGACCGCGGCGCGAGCAACGCCCUCGUCAACAAAGCCGGGCUCCUCCCGGUCGGCGUGGUCGGGGUCGAAGGAAACUUUGCCCAGCAAGAGGCCGUCCGGCUCGUCGUGGUCGACAAGCACCCCCUUGGCCGCCUCUCACCGACGGGCGACUCGAGCGCCACGGCCAUGCACCUCGUCUUGAAGGGCGAAGAAAUCGGGCGUGCCGUCGUCAACUACUCGGCCGGCGAGGUCGCCAGGAUCAAGGGCCUUAGGAGCGGUGACAUCAUCGGGACUCUCGGAUAUGCAGACAGCGAGUACGUCGCGUACCGGGAGAAUGUGAGUUUGCACAACACGUCCAGUGCAAGCCGGCCUGAGACCCCUAGCGGUUUCCGCACGCCCGCCAAGGAGAGGACGCCCGACAGUAGUAUUGCGGACUUGAGAGCUGGACAGUAAGGUGUCUGGCUCGCGCCUGGUCUCGGCACCUGCUUUGCAUGUGCGGUUUCACUGAUGUCGGUGGACAGGGUUUGUUUUGACGCAUCUAUAGAGGGAGAGCCCAGAGUUACAGGCCAAGAGAUGAUUUGCAUGGCAAGGCAUAGAUUUUUGCGCAUAUGUUUCGGCGCCUGAUGGUGACUUAAAAUGGGGAUAGGAUAAUGAAUGACUAGAUACAAUUGAAGGACUCACCAAGGUCCUUCCUCCCGAAAGUGGUGUACAUGUUCCCUUUCGCCGUUCCUAUGAGCGGUGCCGUAGC